UUCUGAAGCUGACGAAUCGCAUCGGUAUUCGCUCCCACUUUCUCUAAUUGGUUAACUACUUCAAGGAAACCGCCGAUCGCGCCUUUGAGGCCGGGAACGGGAACACUAUCCAGACUCGCCUGCGCAAUACGCAGUACGCUCUUAACACCGUUCCAAAUGGUACCAACGCUUGUGGCGCCUUUAGUGUCACCCUUGGUAUUUCCCUUGACAUCGUCCUCGAGGUUUCCUUUGAGAGUUCGCUCAUUGUCUCCCUUGGGGUUGACUCUGGUGUCGUCGCCAGGGUCGGCCGACGACGGCGGCAAGGGUGUGGAAGAAGGCACCCUCGAAGCUUGUUUCAAGUCGGUAUUCCCCUUAAUUAUGCCCUUGACGUUUCCUUUGGUAUAUUCCUCCAUAUCUCCUCUGGUGUUGCCGGACGGCGAUGGCAAGGGAGAAGGCACUGCCCUUGAAGCUUGACCACUUUGCGAUGAAGUGUCUUUCUUCGGGAAUACCUCCCUGAAUUUCCCCUUGACUUUCCCCUUGAUUUCUUUAGCGCGCUUCAUGUUGGAUAUGUUGUGAUGAAGAUCGAGCAAGAUUCCAGAGUUCAACACGGUGUCAGUGAGCAAUAAGCGCUCGUUCUUGCAGUGGGUGUGUGCCCAAGCACAGGUACUCGAUACGAUCCGACGAGCAAUGGACAGACCGCGGACGAACCGUUCAUCACCUGCGAAGCUCUGGGGACUGCAGCCCCGUAGUGGCCCUGUAUUGAUCAACUGACUUCACGUAGAAGGACCGUUUUCUAGUUGG